AUGUCUGCGAACAGCGACCAUCACCGAGGGCUUCGAUAUGGGAGGAAGAAGUCAUGCGUGGAAGGCUCGGAAUACAGCUUCUCCGCAUGUCAUGGCGCGUGCGCCUACACGUCCUCCCAAUUCGUUCGCUUCAGCUUGGGAGCACGAAAUACAAUACAAGAGCAACAAAUAUUGUCUGCGUUGCGGGCGAGUAUGGUCUUCACUCGCCGAGCGACCCGCCGCGAUGCUCUGGUCAAGCUCGCAACGUUAUCGGCGCAGACAGCUGGAUCUGUACAUGCAGACCAUGACGGCGACAUCGAGAAGCUGUGUCAGCUACAUCGGCCAUCCGAAUCACAUGCGACCAAUGGGAGGAAUGGUGGAGAUGUCAAGGGUCAAGGAGCAGCAGCUAUACCUAUGAGUAUCCGAGAACUGGAGGUUCUGAUUGCUCUGUGCAGGGCCGCGCCAGCAGUGAGAGUGACAAGUGAUGCUGCGCACUUGUUGAAUCAGCUAUCGCCAUAUCUCUCAGAGGCCCACAAGCAGACACUAAAGCCUUCGCCGCUACAGCAGCACCUGCCACCGUGGGAGACCUUGUCACACGAUCUGGCGAGUGCAGUGCUGUCUAUUGGAUUGCACCAUCCAUCCCUUCGGCAACAGGCACUAUCAUGUGUGGACACCACGAUCGAAGAGCUCACGACCAGCACAGGUAAGGCCAUCUGGAUGAAACCUCGGGCGGACGGCGUAACUGGUCCGGAUGUUGCCCAGCAGUGUCUGCCAGCGGUACUGUUGGGUGCGUCUCUACUCGGAUUCAUGGAAGCCCUCGCGCAGCAUGUGCAAGUAUGGACCCAGGAGCAACGUAUCGCGCUUCUUCAACGGCUCCGGUACUUGUUGUCUGAGAAAUUUAUGGUGUCUUUCGAGGGAGCUCUUUCUGCCGUGCGCAAUGCUUCUACUGGCAGUAGAGCUGUCAAGGAGUGGCGACGAUGGGUUCGUCACUACGCUGCCCAAGCCCGGCCACUGGGUGCUAUGCUGCUUCAACAAGCGUUUAUGAAAAUCGUGGAGCAGAGCUCGGUCCUACUCGUAUCUCAUUUACAGCCAAUCCCUGGUAAGACGAUGCUGGAUGUACUCAUGAUGCGCGAUCAAUUAGUGGAUCGUUCCGGCCCAAGGCCGUCGUCGGAACUGCUCGAGAGCCUUGCCGAGCUGAUUGUGGAGGAAAUGAGCUUGCUGGAAGCGGACGCGGAUUACCUGCAGGUCAGCUCAAGCUGGCAGCAGCGCCUUACACUGGACGUGAAAGCUAUGAGUCUGCGCAGCUUUCUCUGCUGUACACUGGUUGAUGAAACUAUUGCAGACGAUGACUUACUCUUAGCUUGGCUGGAAGGCGUCACUGCUGAUCAGGUGCAGAUGUCAGAUGAUGUGCUGGCGCAGACAGUACUCAAUUGCAUGGCACUACUGGCUCGUUUGUCUCCCGCCAUGGCGUCGAAUCUCACUCGAUCCUUACCUCGUCUUGUCGUGCAGGGCAAGAUGACUGCCAGCACCGCAAGUCUGGCUGGCAAUUGUCUGGGUCGGAUUCUGAAAAGCCAACCACAAGAUAUAGUGAUCAGCACGCUUUAUAGUCUCGGCAACGUUCUUAGCACAAACGCUGGGUCUGAGGCUGGUGGCACAGGACUAUUCGCUAACGGCGCUGGUAGCCUCGAUGGCACGACCGUGCCGUACGGCUCGCAACAUGCCCUCGGCAGUUCUAUCUCGUUGGUCAUCAGUGACGAGGAGGAGAGCGCAGUUGUCUCCGGCAGUAUUGUUGAAGCCAUUGUCUCUAUUGCUGUGGCGCGUAAGGAUGCACAGCUUACGGCACUGGUUAUCUCGAUGUUGGUGCAGAAAAUUGGCCGUAUCAAUCAGGUUGUGGAUGCUCGAAUCAUCAAGGAUAUUGCACCCCUUGGUCUUGCUGGUGGGCCGAGUGAGCUACGCGCUCUGCUACGACUAUACAAUCGCGUUGCUAGCGAUGCCACUGUCAAGCACAACGAGCUGUUCAUCAAUGCUGUCACAGAAGCCCGCAUCAGGCUUGCCUCAUGGAUCCGCAAGGACUCCCCUCUGUACGAGGUGUAUCUAGUGCACUUGCUUGGUCUCUGUGUCGGCAGCGGCGACACGGCCGGAGAGCGCACCGUGGAUAUCGUACUGACCUCACAUACCAUCGCACAAUUGUUCAGACCGAUGGCGGUUCUUGUUUCAUCUGACCUGGAGCAUACACCGACUUUCGAGAACGUCGAGGACGUCAAGGCUUUGAGCCGCAACUCUUGGUUCAACCUUGUCGUGCACGGCUUCACCCUCACUUCUCCGUCUGUGAAAGAGAAUGCUAGUGACCUUCAGAUUCUAGCACAAUAUACACUACCUCUUGUCGAUGAAGACCGAAUAGAGCUACCGGAGAGCGGCAUUGAUCUCAAUACUGUCCUCCGACGUGGCUCUCAUUCUCAGCGCAGUGUCGAACAAAAGAACGCACUAAAUGCUGCACUACCACGCUGCGAGGCUGAUAUUCGAGGCUUGUCAUACCAGGAAUGCGUCUUUCUCAACGCUGCAUUGCUGGUGUCGACUAUGCGUGCCCGUGCUGGUGACUGCACCGCAGUCCUACCAUAUUUUACAGAGAGCAAGGUGAAGACCAGUGCUAUGGGAAGUUGCAUGCUAGCUAUCGGGCUCAGCAGUGUCGAGGCUUAUCUUGAGCGUGCACUCAAUGGCAAGCAGCAACAAUUCGCAGCCCCACAGGUUGCACUUCAGUUGGCGACUAUCUUCGAAGGCUGCUGCCAUCGAAUUUCCAAAGUACAGCAUGCUGCUGUCUCCUUCGCAGACCGCAUCACCACUGCCAUACCAUCUGCACUGUGCCAGCGAGCUUCAUUAUUCGCUCUGCUCGAGCUGUUGACCCUGAUGUGGCAGAGCUGUCUCGAUGCUGAGACCGACGAGUAUGACUGGAAGUCGACAUACUCGUCCACGAAAGCUAAUGUCACGCUCCAACUCUCUGAUGAUAUAAACUACAGACAAACCACCUUGACUAACUUUCAUAAGCGUGCUAAGCUGUGGGUUGCCAAAGCCAUCGACGCUGCUCCGCUGGAUGUGAAGGGACUGCUCCAAGCAUUUCUCGAGGACUACGAGGACGAUGGCGCUUACGGACACAUUGCACUCGGUCGUUCGUUUGCCGUUGACAUGGGAUCCAUCAUCCCAAGCACAGACCAGCGACUUAUCAGCCUUGAUCGCCAAAGAGAGGUCGGCGUCAAUACUGCCUCAGACUUCAUGGCUCAGUACACAACGCGGCAGCAAUAUCGGCAGUCCGGCGACGUGCCCUCUACCGAUGGCGACUGGGCCUUUGCAGACUAUGACGGAAGCACGCAUGUCGCUGCUAUCACAGACGGUCACGACACUUGUCCCGAAGCUACCGCGCUCCGUCAGCUCGCAAAUAGGCUGCGCAGGCACGAAGUCGUCCCUUUCGCUGCGCUGCGGGAGACGCUUCGUGACGCUGCGGCAGUAUUGAGCGGCAGUGUUGACGAUCGAUCAUAUCUAAUACACGAUCUGGUCGGAAUACCCUUUGCUGUCUUCACGAAACAGUCCAUCAACCUAGGCGUCUCACUGUGGCUCGGCUUGAUCAAAGAGAACCCAGCGCUAGAGACACGCAUUCUUGCCGAGAUUGCAGCCGGGUGGGAGAGCACUGUUCGCCUGCGUAAAGGUUUCUUCUAUGACUCCUUCCACCAUCAAGACCCAUUCUAUGUCAAGGAGGAAUUUGCGCCUUCUCAGUGGCCCGCCAUCAUUAAACGACAGCAGCUGGCGCACAACCUCAUCGCUCCUCAUCUCCGCUUGACACAAUGGCUUUCGAGCCAUUUCAACGCCACCAGGUUGACUUCGCCUUCCGUGGGCCGUGCGUAUAUCCGUCUGAUGCGCAUCACGAUGUUCGCGAUGAAGCAUGCAGUCACGCAGCCUCUUGCUCGAGAGGUGCACUUCCACGUUGUAUUGCUUGCCCUCACCGUGCUACGCUACUCGACUAGGAUCGAGACCUCAACUCAGAGGAGGUUGAAAGAUGCAAUUCUCUCUGCUGGCCUGGCUUGGUUUGCGGUAGCGCCAAGAUGGUCGUUUGGCAGCAAUAGGUUGCAGGUCAAGGCUGAGAUCAGACUGCUGGGAGACGUCGCAGCCAUGCUGCAGGCAACAACACUGAGCUCACGUUCCACAUCGACAUCAAGAACAGCGUCCAGGCAAGAUUUGCUUCUUCACCUUCUCCAACAGGAAGUUAUUCGCCUGGUCGUAUGGAACACGCCUCUAGCUGCAGACAGCGGGGGCAUGUCCAAGGAGACCAGUCUCGCUCCGUUAGUAGCCACUGCCUGGCAGGAAGACCCUCGCAUCGCGGUACACCUGACAACACGCUUUCCACACUCCAACAGAAUGCAGCAGGCUGUGCGUUCGCUCCUGAUGAGGGAACCGGAGAAGGCCAUUGGCGAGGCAGACGCACUGAAUAUUCUACUGGGCCAAUCGCUGCCAUCAGACAUUCACAGCCAACUCAGAUAUCUGCUAUACUGGGCACCGAUUAACCCCAUGGCCGCAGUCACUUACUCCAUGCCAGCUUAUCGCAACCACCCACUCAUAGUGCAAUACGCUAUGCGAGCCUUGGAGGCUCAUGCCGUCGACAUUACGUUCUUCUAUGUACCACAGAUCGUGCAAACAUUACGCUAUGAUGCACUCGGAUAUGUCGAGCGAUACAUUGUGGAGACAGCCAAGUUCUCGCAGCUCUUCGCUCAUCAGAUAAUCUGGAACAUCAAAGCAAAUUCUUACAAGGACGAAGACUCUCAAGAGCCUGACUCAGCGAAGCCAGUCUUCGACAAAGUCACGAGUGCACUCAUUGCCAGUUUUUCUACGGAAGAUAAAAGCUUCUACGAGCGGGAAUUCGACUUCUUUGGCAAGGUCACUGGCAUCUCGGGCACCCUCAAACCAUUCAUUAAGGCACCGAAACCAGAAAAGAAAGCCAAAAUCGAAGAAGAGCUCCGCAAGAUCCAGCUUGACGUCGGAGUAUACUUGCCGAGCAACCCUGAUGGUGUACUGAUUGGCAUUGACCGUAAGUCUGGCAAACCACUCCAGAGUCACGCCAAGGCACCGUUCAUGGCCACCUUCCGCAUUCGCAAGGAUGAAGGUGAAGUCGAGCCUGGUGAGAGUCAGGUCGCAUCGCAUGGUCAGGAGGUUGUGAAACGUCAGACUUACGAGGUAUGGCAGUCGGCAAUCUUCAAGGUCGGCGACGACUGCAGACAAGAUGUGCUCGCACUCCAGCUCAUUGCUUGCUUUCGUGGCAUCUUCAAUAAUGUUGGUCUGGACGUCUACGUCUUUCCGUAUCGAGUCACAGCGACUGCGCCAGGCUGCGGUGUUAUCGAUGUACUGCCGAACUCCAUUUCUCGCGACAUGCUUGGCCGUGAGGCAGUGAAUGGCCUGUACGAGUACUUUGUCUCGAAGUACGGCUCCGAGGACUCAAUCCGCUUCCAGGAAGCACGCAGCAACUUCAUCAAAAGCAUGGCCGCAUACUCGAUCAUUUCAUACUUGUUGCAAUUCAAGGAUAGGCACAAUGGCAACAUCAUGGUUGACGAUGCGGGCCACAUCCUCCAUAUCGACUUUGGCUUCUGCUUCGACAUCGUACCUGGAGGCGUCAAGUUUGAGCGGGCACCAUUCAAACUGAGCCCUGAGAUGGUAGCAGUCAUGGGCGGAUCUUCACAAUCACAGCCAUUCAAGGCAUUCGAGGAACUCUGUGUCAAGGCCUUCCUGGCAUCGAGGCAGUAUGUUGAGCAAUUGGCACACGUCAUCCAGACCAUGCUUGAUUCUGGCUUACCAUGCUUCAAGCCAACUACCAUUCAGCACUUCAGAGAGCGCUUCGUGCUUGACAGGUCGGAUCGCGAGGCAGCGCAAUUCGUUCGGAAGCUUGUUCAUUGGAGUGAGCGCAGCUACUCGACUGGUGUCUAUGACUACUACCAGCUCUUGACGAACGGCAUCCCAUACUGA